AAUGGACGUAAUACAGUUAUUGUUAUGGAAAAGACCAAACUUGAAUAUAUUAGGCUUAUGUGUCAAAUGAAAAUGACUGGAGCAAUUUGUAAGCAAUUCAAUGGUUCUGGUGCAUUGCGAGGUUUUAAUCAAGCGGAUUGUUCGAAGUUCUUACAAUUUAUCACUGGUACAUCUAAAGUGCCGUUACAAUGUUUUGCUGCGUUAGAAGGCAUGAACGGCAUACAAAAGUUCCAAAUUCACAGAGAAGACAAGUUGACAGACAGGCUUUCAUUUGCACAUAUUUGAUUAAUAUAUGAAAAAAGAAAUUGUUUUAAUACCUUGUCAUAUGUGUGUAUAAGUUAAAAUUAAAUUGAUAUAAAAUUACAAGACUAAAAUUGUAUUUUUUAAUUGCAGUUUUAAUCAACUGGAUUUGCCAGUGUACGAGACGUUUGAUAAACUCUGAACAAAUCUACUCAAGGCGACUUACGAAUGCACCAAAGAAUUUGGAUUUGCAUAAGCUUACCAGAAUUUGCUCCUGUACAAUUUCGAUUUCCUGCGUUCAAUCGAUGAUAUUCUAGAGACCAAACUUAUGGUUGGAUCUUUACAGCCAGUGAUAACAUUCCGGACGUGCAAUGGCCUAUUGCUUGCAAAAUUUUUAACGUACUUACAAAAAUUGUUAUACGCAAUGCUAUAUGUAAAACUAUCUUGUGAACGUAGCGAAUCACAGUGCUCUAAUUGCUAUAAUAUGUAUUAUUACACUUAUACGACUUUAUAUAUACGAAAUAUAUAUUUUCAUUUUAUCAUACACAUUAACUCUCAUGUAAUUAAUGGACAAUAAUUUAUUCGUUAAUAUAUACGCUAAUAAAUACGCUGAUUUUAAAAUGCAGUAUAUUACAUUUCUUUUCAUCCUUUUUAUUUCUUACAAUAAAUUAAUUAACUAUUACAGUUAUGUGUAUGAAUCUUAUCUUUAAAAGAAAUCGGAGCUACCUUGUGCAUCAAAGUGACUUUGGAAGAAGAGAAGCAAGAUCCUGCAAACACAAAUAUUAAAUUACAUGGUUCCUAUUUAUGAAUCAUGUAUGAUGAAUUAAUAGGUAGAAAAUGAUAACCUUUUUUUAAAGAUUUAUAGAUUAAAUAGAUAUUAAUAAUCUAUUUAGUAAUAAUACUAACAUUAAUCCAUUGAUGUGUUAUUGAAGUAAUUAACGUCUAUUUAAUUAUAAGCUCUAUUUUGAUAAAUUAAAAAAAAAUUAUAAAAUAUACAUUGAAUUAUACAUGCAUUUGAAUUUUUUGACAGUUACAUUUUUAUAAAUAAAGAAUAAAUCUUUAAAAAAAGAUUAUCAUUUUCUACCUAUUAAUUCAUCAUACAUGAUUCAUAAAUAGGAACCAUGUAAUUUAAUAUUUGUGUUUGCAGGAUCUUGCUUCUCUUCUUCCAAAGUCACUUUGAUGCACAAGGUAGCUCCGAUUUCUUUUAAAGAUAAGAUUCAUACACAUAACUGUAAUAGUUAAUUAAUUUAUUGUAAGAAAUAAAAAGGAUGAAAAGAAAUGUAA